AUGAACGCGCAAGACAGGGUGAUGGCCAACAACGAGCGCGAUGCUUCACCUGAGAGGUUCGGUCCCAUUACACGACUUGAAUCUCACGAAUCGCCCGUUGCUGCGAGGCGUUACUCUGCAUCAUCACACUCUGGAAGCUCGGUCAGAUUUCAGGAGAUGGGCAGAAGCAUUUCGAGAGUCGAGACACAACACGAGAACGAGGCCGAUCUCGAAAGGCAUCCUACCGCAUUGAGCAGAAUCCAGACUGGCAGAAGUCAACACAGUGCCACAGUCGGUGGUGGAGAAGGCACAGGCUUUGGAGUCUUCCGUACGAGAUCUUCAAAGGCUAGCAAACCUCUGCCUAACUUUGGUGGUGGCAAGCCUUACCCUCCACCAUUGCCGGAAAGGGAGGAAUAUGUAGUAGAAUUCGAUGGUCCAAAUGACCCAAUGCAUGCUCAGAACUGGCCUUUCAAGAAGAAGCUUCCUGUUGCUGCUUCGCUAGGCUUCGUUACAUUGACCGCUGCUUUCGGUUCUUCUAUCUUCUCCUCCGCUACUGGUGCCGUCGCCAACGAAUAUGACGUCUCGAGAGAAGUUGGUAUCCUUGGUAUCUCGCUUUACGUGCUUGGUUUCGCUACUGGUCCCAUUCUUUGGGCACCCAUGUCAGAGCUGUACGGACGUCGUCUUCCUCUUCUUAUCGCUUCGUUUGGUUUCUCCAUCUUCUCUAUUGCUGUUGCUGUCGGAAAGGAUCUCCAGACUAUCCUCAUUUGCAGAUUCUUCGGUGGUUUCAUGGGCGCUUGUCCCCUCACCGUCGUAGGAGCCGUAUUCGCCGACAUGUUCAACAACGCUCAAAGAGGUGUCGCUGUUACAGUCUUCAGUAUUGCAGUCUUUUCUGGACCUCUUCUCGCGCCAUUUAUCGGAGGCUUCAUCACGACUUCAUAUCUCGGAUGGCGCUGGUGUGAAUAUAUCACCGCGAUCAUGGGAUUCACUGGCCUCGCCCUUCUGAUCUUCCUCCUCGAAGAGACCUACCCGCCCGUCAUUCUCGUCAACAAGGCCGCCGAACUCAGACGCAGAACCAAGAACUGGGGUAUCCACGCAAAGCAAGAGGAAAUCGAGAUCAACCUUCGCGAGCUGGUCGAGAAGAACUUGGGCCGCCCCAUGCGUAUGCUUUUCACAGAGCCCAUCGUAUUGCUCUUGUCGAUCUACAUGGCGUUCGUCUAUGGCUUGCUUUAUCUCUUCCUGACUUUCUACCCGAUUGUGUUCCAAGGCGUACACGGAAUGUCCCCUGGUGUUGGUGGACUGCCGUAUUUCGGUAUGAUUAUGGGUGAGGUCUUCGCUGGUCUCUACAUCGUAAUCGACGUUCCCUCGUACAACCGCAAGCUCAAGGCGAACAACAACAUUCCCAUCCCUGAGUGGCGUCUUCCCCCGGUCAUCAUUGGUGGUGUACUUUUCGGUGUCGGUCUCCUCUGGUUUGGCUGGACUGGUUACCGUGCAGACAUCCACUGGAUUGCCCCAACCUUGAGUGGACUGUUCACUGGAUUCGGCAUCAUGUCCAUCUUCCUUCAGUGCCUCAACUAUCUCAUUGACAGUUACCUGAUGUUUGCCGCAUCCGCCAUCGCUGCAAACACCUUCUUGCGUUCUCUCUGUGGUGCCGGAUUCCCUCUCUUCGCGACCUACAUGAUUGAAGGAAUGGGCAUUCAGUGGGCCGGCACUCUGCUUGGCUGCUUUGCCUUCUUGCUUGUCCCUCUGCCCAUCCUUUUCUACAUGAAGGGAGCUCAGAUCAGAAGCAAGAGUCAAUUCGCCCCCACUUUUCCGAUCGCAAACAAGGCCAGCGCGAACCCAGACCACGAACCCGCCUCUCCUGGUAGCGGCUCCGAUGGUCCAAAGGACCUCGAGAAGCAGGCAUAA